AGUCGCACAACAAUAGGGAGAAAGUUGUGAAAACAGCAGCAGCUCCGGGAUUGAAUGUGUGACGGGCAGAGCCGGCCAACAAGCGCUGAUUUCCCCGGCUCACAAUGGGCGCGCUCGCCGCCGCCACCGCGAAAACUUGUUAGAUUUUAUUAUUUUUUACAUUUUAGAGACUUAAAGAAAAAAGGGAGAGGCCUGUCCCUUUAAACGCCGGUGACCCGCCAUGGAAGUCUCCGAACUGGAUCUGCGUUUGGCCCCGGACCUUCGCUGCGAGAACCGGACCUCCAAGGUGCCCCUCUGCCAGGCCUGCGAGACCUGCGUCCUGGCCGCGCAAGUGGCCGCCGCCAAAGAAUGGUUCCCGCGGGCCGGCGACCGAUCCCAAAGGAGGUUCCUGUUCGGGGUGGUGCGGCGGAUGAAGGGCGCCGACCUGCUGGCGUUCGUGGAGAAGGCGCUCCAGCCGGCGCUGGGGAAGGACUUCACCUACAGCCGGUCCCGGAUCAACCCCAGCCUGGCGCGCGACCUCGCCACCGCCGGCUCGGACCGGGGGCUGGACCGGCGGCGGCUGCGGCAGUUCAUGGUGGAGACCUGGGACUGGGUGAAGGGCGGGUCCUACUGGAGCAAAGCCAACUACGCCCUGCAGCUGCUGCAGAUGUGCGACCCGCACCUGCUGCACAGCGCCGCCAACCUAAUCCACGUGCUCAUCGUCCAGCAGAGGCAGCGAGGAGACUCCCAGAAGGAACCAUUCGGAGCUGAUGAAAUGGGCCAUUCGGAAGAGACUGACCACACCGCACAAGACGACCCGUCUCUAAUGGUGGUCCCCACUUCCUUCCAGUCCACAUCGGGAGUCAGAAAGUACAAAGACUUCAUCCGCUGCCUCCCGGUGCACCUCUCCAAGAAGAUCCUGGGGUACCUGAAGAAGAAGCACCUCUUCAGCUGUUUGUCCGUGUCCCGUCAUUGGUGUUAUGUGACAAAGGAGCUUUUCCUGGAUCUAGAAGCCGAGACGUUGGUGCGGAAUGAAGCCAUGAUCCUUCAGGGGACGUCCUACAAAGGAGUCAGUGUCUCCUAUGCUAAAGUGCAACCAGUGCCCGUGCCCAAAGUCGGAGAGGAUGGCAACGUUCUACCAAGGCUGGAGAAGUAUUACAAAGAUGUAAAGCCCGGGGAAAGUGUGGAAGCCGCGUAUGUCGAGACCGAGACGGAGACGGAGUUCCUGGAGGAAAGAAACGUCUUCUGUGGAUCAUACAAUGUUCUCAUUCUUACCGGACAGGGCGAUCCACACCGGGUGAUCCAUUUUGCCGGGGGGCAGCUGGUUGCUGCCGGCUCUACGGACCGGAGAGUGAAGAUUUACGAUAUGGUGGAGAUGGCCCAGGUCCCGCCUCUCAUUCAGGGCCACAGCGGAAGUAUCCGCGUCGUCCACUUAUGUGAAGAAAGAGGCUUCGUGUUCAGCGCGGGAUUCGAUCUCAGUAUCAGGCAGUGGAAGCUCCAGACCGGGGUGUGCCUCCGAAUCUUUCAUGGCCAUAUGAAGACCAUAACGUGCCUGGAUGUACGAGAGGAUCUGCUGGUCUCCGGAGCGAAGGACGGCCAUGUCAAAGUGUGGAACAUCACCACCGGGAAAUGCCUGAGGACCUUCAAGCACAAGGACCCCGUACUGGCGGUGAAAAUGAAGGAUCAGACUGUGAUUAGCGGCUGUGAGAAGGGGCUGGUGAAAAUCUGGCACAACGAAUCGGCACAAUUAAUCAAGACAUUAACAGGCCACCAGGGAGCAAUAAAGUGCCUUUCCUUUGAUCCAUGGCAUUUGGUAUCAGGUGGCGCAGACGGAUACGCCAUUGCCUGGAGCAUGCUGGGAAGCUUUCAGAAGCGACUGAUGACCUUCAGGCAUCCAAAGGAGGUGAUGUGUUUGGAGUUCCUCUACCUCAGAGUCAUUACAGGCUGCGCAGAUGGAAAAAUCCGCGUGUUUAACUUCCUCAAUGGGGACUGCCUCCGAGUUAUGAGGGCCAAUAGCAGAGCAGACCCCGUCGCCAAUAUGUGCAUUCGCGAUAACAGAAUGGUCAUAAAUGUCCUGACCAGCAUCAUGAUCUUCCAGUUCGAGGAGGUGUCGUGGGAUUACUCACAGACAUCGGAAAGAGUGGACACCCUCAAAGAACGGGAAAGGUUUCACUCCUCCCCCAUCCGGGUCAGGCCUUACAGUUAUGUCCGAGCCCAGAGAAUGAAACGAGUUGGAUCCAGCAACCGGAAGAUCUACCAGAUGAAUGAGGAGGAGGAGGAGAUGAAGGCCAAGACUCAACUGUCCCACCACGCUCGAAGCUUGUCUGCUAGAAGCACUAAAAGAGCUCAUGAUCUACAUUUGAAGUCUCUAAAGCCGGCGACGUGGCCUGAGCUGACCAAUUACCGCAGGAGUUUUGCCUACAUUGACUUACAGCCCGAGUUUUUCAAGAAGCCCCCAUCAGCACGCCGGCCACAAACAGCGGGGCAAAGCAUUGCAGAUGUCUACAGCAGAGCGAGCACCGCGCCGCCCGCCAGGACUAAAGAGGAUUCCGAUGGAGAGUCGGGUUAUGGUUCCCCCGGUCGCAAAUCAGCCCUUUCCACCAGCCAGAGUGCGACCCUUCGUCGCAUGAAAAGACGCGGUCCUCACACGCCAAUGAGUCCCAACCAAAUCCUCUUAAAAGUUGGCACCAUACAGAAUUUACAGAAGGGUGACAAGGUUGGGACCAACCUGGAGUACAACUCAAGGAUCCGGGACGAAUGGGGAGCUCCACCGUCCAACGACAAAGACGGAAAGGCGGUCGCACAAUACUCCAUAGAAAGCCAACAAGUUGACCUUUCCGCCCUUCUCCAGUAUCUGAAGUCUUCUGCUGCCCCGAUAGAGAUGAGGACAAUCAUGACCGCCUUCGAAACUAGAAAGCUGAGCCUUAAAAUGAACGAGUCCAUUCACGGACCGGGCGUCCAGUCCACCAUACCGGCCCCCACCAUCCUGCGGCCCCAGACCAGUUUUACUUCUAGAAAGAAACAACGAAGCUUGGCUUUGCAGAGAAGGUCCACCUCCGCCGUGGAAACCAACGCAAAGAAAAUUGGUUUGUAUACGAGCCUCGAGACCCUCCAACCUCUACGAAUGGUCAUGGGCCAACGCCAAGAAAAGGCCGCUCCCCCGAAGAGCCGAGUGACCGCGCAGGUUGCAUCUUUGGACCCGUACAGGGAGCGGGGAGGGUUCCGGCUCCUCACCGUCAAGCAGUUGAAGGAGUUCCAAGCACAGAAGAUGCUGCAGCAUAAAGAAGUGGAGGCCUUGACCCAGACCAUGAAAACCAAGGAGAGCAAGAAGGCCUGGCUGAUGAAGAUCCAAGGGAAGAACAUCGAUGGCUUCACCAAGGAAGGAAAAAUUGCAGUGCCUGAAUUUGGGCCAGAUGUAUAUCUAUGACCGUGGUCCAAAGCUAGACCUCUAGGCCAGUGGUCUCCAAACUGCAAAGAGGGGUCCAGGGGAGGCCAUUUGCUCGCCUUUAUCUGGCCCUUGGGGCAAUUAUUCCUCCCACUGAGACCAUCAAAAGGGCACUUUUCUUUCCAC